ACUGAAAACCCUAAACCAAAAUGUCGAAGAGAGGGCGCGGAGGGAGUGCCGGAAACAAGUUCCGGAUGUCACUGGGUCUGCCGGUGGCGGCGACGGUGAACUGUGCCGACAAUACCGGCGCAAAGAAUCUCUACAUAAUUUCAGUAAAAGGAAUUAAGGGAAGGCUCAACAGGCUGCCGUCGGCGUGUGUCGGCGAUAUGGUGAUGGCGACGGUGAAGAAGGGGAAACCUGAAUUGAGGAAGAAGGUCAUGCCAGCUGUCAUCGUCAGGCAGCGCAAGCCGUGGCGGCGAAAGGACGGCGUCUUCAUGUACUUCGAAGAUAAUGCUGGUGUUAUUGUUAACCCCAAGGGGGAGAUGAAAGGUUCUGCUAUUACAGGACCAAUCGGAAAAGAGUGCGCCGAUCUAUGGCCAAGGAUUGCUAGUGCAGCUAAUGCCAUUGUUUGAGUGUGUUUAACUUUAUUUUAGUUUUUAAGAUUAGAUUGUAAUCAAACUUAAAGAGGAUCAAGUGGUCUUUUGUGAAGCAUUUGUUUUUUCAUGGAUUCUUGUUUCUCAAUGUGUGUUUUUUUUCGUUCUCUCUUAAGAAAUGUCCACACUUAUCAUAUAUUGCGAUUUAGUUCUUAUUUUGGAGAAAUUAUUGCUUUUGA